CCGUGUUUGAUUGAUCUCCGGCAAUGGACAAACAUAAGUGUACGUUAUGUUUCAAAAGCUUUGCAAAUGGAAGAGCUUUGGGUGGUCAUAUGAGGUCUCACAUGUUCAAUCUUUCUCUUCCUCCUAAAGUUGCAGACCAUGAGUUCGAGUCGGCUUCUGCCUCUUAUUCGUCGUCGGAGGAGGAAGCAGAAGAAGAAGGGGAAGAAAAAGGACAGUCUUAUGGGCUUCGAGAGAAUCCCAAGAGAAGUGUUCGGUUGGUAGAUCCUGUGUUUGUCCAUGCCGGCUCCGUUGUUCUUCAAGACAGAGAAAGUGAGACCGAGUCCUCUAUGAACCCAACUCGGAGACGAUCUAAACAGACUCGGAGAAUACUAGGAGAAGAAGAAAAAAGAAAGAAGGUUAAAGUUAACAACAAGGGCAACCAGCCGAGUAGGACCGAAUCUUGGGCUGAGCCAGAAUCGGUGAGUUCGAUCUCCGACACAACAACUGAAGAUAUCGCUUUCUGUCUCAUGAUGCUUUCAAGGGAUAAAUGGAAAAGCAAAGUAGUACAUCAAGAUGUUGAUGAUGAAGAAGAAGAAGAGACAUAUGAAUCACAAAAGUACUUCAAAACAAGCAAGGUUAAUAGAACGAGUCGAGGUAAGUACAGGUGCGAAACGUGCAGCAAAGUUUUUAAAUCGUACCAAGCACUGGGUGGACAUAGAGCGAGUCGCAAAAAAACGAAACCUUACUCUUCGGCAACUCAUGAACAAGGGUUUGAACCAGAAAAUGUUGGCACUGGUAGUUCAAUGACAGACAAGAAAAUCCAUGAAUGUCCUGUUUGUUUCAGAGUCUUCUCAUCUGGACAAGGCCUUGGUGGACACAAAAGAUCUCAUGUAAUAAAUGGUCAAGUAGCAACAUCUGUUAAAAUUUCCAGAAAGUUAAGAGACAGUUUCAUAGAUCUUAAUCUCCCCGCUCCGACCGAUGAAGAUGAGGCUAGCCAAAUUGAACUUUCCGCGGUGUCUGAUGCUGAAUUUGUCAACCGCAUCAAGUGACCAACAAGGUUUACAGCAAUGUUUGAUCUGUUUUUAGCAUCCAAGAUUCUUCUACUCUA